ACUGAUGCAAUGCGCUUAUGCGAAGUCCACUUUGGUCCCGAGAUGUGGGAAAAGACCCGCGUAGAUGGAAAGCGUGUACUAAAAUGUAAUGCUGUUCCGACAAUGUUUGCUUUCUCCAAAUCAACAUUAACAAGAAAAGCACCUACACCAGAAAAUACGUCAGUCCAAGAAUUAAAUCAAACCACGGAUUAUGGUAUCAGUGAUCCAGAACCUUCAACAUCAGCGGCAUCAUCAGACAUCCUUUCUGUCACGUUAGAUGAAAAUAUUCGAGAAUCGUCACCGUCAACCUUAACAGCUUCGACUUCAUUCAUUGAUGUUCAUAAAGACUGCAAAUCUAAAUUUUUGCGAUAUGAAAAAAUGUAUAUAAGAGAAAGACAAAAGGCCAGACGGUACAAACAAAUGUUAUGUAACAUUAAGAAGGAAAACAAAACCUUAAAAGAUAAGGCAAGCAAUAUUCCAGAUGAAUAUCCUAUAUUAAGAAAUAUUUUAGGGUCUGUGCCGUCGGCUUGA